GGUCUCCAGUUCAUUCCCCAUUUAUUCCAAAAUGGAGAUUUCUAUCUGUUGACUGCUGGUGUCGGUAACUUUCCGGCCUUCCUGCCGACAACUAACUUUCGUCCCCGUUCUUAGUCGAUUUCUUGAGGAUCAACGUUCGUCGUUGGUCCAAUUCAGCAAAGCCGCAAUUUCAAUGCUGCUCUUUUCACUGGAACCGGCUGCGAGUUGCUGUUAUUUGGCCGGCGUAACCUGCGGCAGCCGGGACCAAAUUAUUGGACAUUGAAGGUAGUGAGUAGCGAAUAUUAGUGGAAUGGAAAUCGAAAACUCAAGCGAUUCGUAUGAUCUUUCAUCAUCUUCAGAGCGUCAAUUUAAGCAACCAGCAGGGGUUGCUGCUUCAAUUGAAGAACAGGCUCAAGUUCAAUUCCUCUUCAUCUGUUAAACUGGUGAAGUAGAAUCAAAGCACAGAUUGCUGCAUGUGGGACAUCGUAAAAUGUGAUGCCAGAGGUCGUGUUACCAAUCUUGAUUUGAGCAAGGAAUGGACUAUUGAUGGAAUUGAUAAUUCAAGCAGUCUCUUCAAUCUCCAGAUUCUCCAGAGUUAAAUUUGGCAUAUAACAGCUUCAGCUCCAUGUUUCCUUCUGAGUUUGACAAACUCGCAAAUGUGAGGCAUCUUAAUUUCUCAAAUUCUGGCUUCACAGUGCAAAUUUCACUGGAGAUUUCAAGAAUGACAAGCUUGGUAACUCUUGAUUUAGCUAUCAAAUUCCUAAUGGGUCGAGGUUCAUUGAAACUUGAGAACCCAAAUCUAGUUAUGCUUGUUUGGAAUCUAAGGAGCUAAAGCAUCUCUAUCUUGAUGGAACAAAUAUAUCAGCGCAGGGGAAAGAGUGGUGCCAAGCUUUGUCUUCUUCUCUGCCGAACAUGCAGGUAUUGAGCAUGUCAAAAUGUUAUCUUUCGGGCCCGUAGAUUCUUCCCUUUCCAAGCGUCAAUCUCUUUCAGUGAUAUGUUUGGAUGGAAACAAUAUGGUUGCUCCAAUUCCAGAAUUCUUCAUAGAACUAAGGAACUUGACUUCUCUACAGCUUGCUGCCACUAAUUUGCAAGGAAAAGUUCCAGAGAAGAUCUUCCAGUUUAAGGGAGAACUGCCUUAUCAUUGGUUAAGAACCUGGAAGGCAAUGAUGGUUGCUUCGGAUGAGCUCAAAGUCCUUGUUUUGGAGGAAGAUAUUCAUUAUGAACUUGAUCAUAACAAUAGAAUCUCUUAAAGAUGUUAUGGUAAUUCUUUCACAAGAAACACUCAAAUUUGCAAGGAUUCUGAAGGAUGUUAUGGUAAUUCUUUAACAAGAGAUAUCCAAAUUUGCAAGGAUGGCAUUGGGUAUACUACUUCAAGGACAGAUGUGAAGAGAGGUAACAAUAUUUUCUCUCAACAAUAUUUUCUCUCAAGGAAUCUAUUAUCAAUAUGCAGUAAAAAUUACCAUUAAAGGUUCUGAGAGACAGUUGGUGAAAAUCUUAAGUCUCUUUACGUCUGUUGACUUUUCAUGCAACAAGUUUGAAGGAUAGAUACCAAAGGUUUUGGGGCAGUUCAGGGCACUCUAUGCCUUCAACUUGUCUCAUAAUUGUUUCAUAGGUCUAAUCCCUUCAUCUCUAGGAUACCUACAACAUCUUGAAUAUUUGGACCUUUCUAGUAACAACUUGAGUGGUGAAAUUCCUUAGCAGCUGGGAGAUCUUAAUUUCCUGGCAGUCCUUAACCUCUCACACUAUCAACUCGAAGGAAGAAUCCCAAGUGGAAGAUAGCUUCAACCAUUUUUAGAAGAUUCCUUUAAAGAUAACAAAGGAUUAUGUGGGAUGCCCUUGAAGGAAAAUUGCAGCAUUAAUGUAUUGCCACCAUCUGAAGACAAACAUUCAAAUGAUGGAACCCAUAUUGACUGGAAUUUCCUAAGCAUUGAAUUGGGAUUUGUUCUUGGCUUAGGAAUUGUCAUUCUACCACUUAUGUUAUGCAAGAGAUGGAGGAUGUGGUAUUGCAAACAUGCUAAUGUUCUUCUUUACUAGAUUUUCCCUCGAUUGAAUUAAAAGAGCAGAAAUCGUGGAAGGAGAGCUCCUAAGGGUACCAAAACACGGUUGAGGAACAAACAACUGUGAGGAGCAUUGCAAGCACGGUUCUUGAAACUUUAAUCUAAGUGUUAUAUGCCUACUUCUUUCAAUAUUAAACUUGUACUUGUUAC